AUGGAACAGCCAAAACUGCAGCAGUCACACUCCCGCGCCAUGCAGUGUGGCCGGCGUAUGUUCCUGUCUGCUCUCAUCCUUGCCUCCAAGUACCUGCAAGACAGAAACUACUCGGCCCGUGCCUGGAGCAAGAUCUCCGGCCUCAACACCGCCGAGAUCAACCAGAACGAGCUCAUGUUCCUCCAGGCUGUCGACUGGCGCCUGCACAUAUCAGACGCCGUCUUCCAGCGCUGGAAUGAUAUCGUCCUAAAAUAUACCCCAAAUGCCAGCGGCAUCCCCAGUGCUGAUGGGAUGUGCUGGCGAACAGUCAUCCCUAUCCUCACGCCGCAGCUCGACACGCUCGACUCGAGGGCAGAGGGCCCCUGGUCAGUGUCGAGCGUUGGCUCUCCCGCCGAUUCCUCUUCCUCCUCCUCCGCUUCCUCCCCGCCAUCUUCUACUUCCACCGCACCAAGCAGCCCCGCUAGCUGCGACAGCCCUUCGUCAGGUCUCCCAUUUGCUGAGAUGCCCCGAAGACCGUCAGCAGCUGACUUGGCUGGCGUUACUCUUCCACCGCUACCAAGACUGGGACUGCUCCCUACUCCUCAGCUUACUCCCCAGGUCGGUAUGACCGCGCCUACUCCUGCCGCGAGCAUCAGCGCGUGUCGCCCGUCCAUCUGCACGGCUCUCUCCCAAGCGCAGACGGCCUUUGUACAGCGGACCACCUUGGACCAACGUCCCACGCAACCCUUGUAUAUUAGCAAACAGCAACAACACCAACAACCUUCCUUUGACUGUUCCUCGUCAGGAUCGUUCCAGGGGCGCCGUUCUUCUUUGGCUCGCUCCUCUUCGUUCACUUCAUCGCCCGAGUCCAUGGCGUCCGACGUACCUUCCUUAUCCUUUUCUUCACAGUCUUCGCGCUCUUCUCGCUCUUCAUCAAUCUCUUCUGUGACAUCCAUGAACUGCGCAACCAGACCAUCUCGUCGUAACACUCCCACAUCACAACCAACCAAUUGUUUGAAAGAAAACAGGAAACUUCUUGUGAUCGCUACGCCGAUCGACGAGCAUGAACCAAGCUACACCAGCAACUACCCUUCCCCACCCACCCGCACUACCAGCGCUUUCAGUGUCUCCAGCACUGUUCCAGAUCUCUCAAAUUUCUCCAUCAAUACUCCUUCCGAUCCCGAUGCCGCUGCCAUCCAAGGUCUGUACGAACUAGCAACCGGCCUCUCCCUGCCAAUGGAUCCGUCUCUAUGCAAGACAAGUCGACGCUGUCGAAAACGCACACGCGCCCCAUCUACCUCCGAAGGGACCAACCUGCAGCAGAAAGUGCGCCAUCUCAUGGCCCUUGAUGCGCGGGACCUCGAGGAUGAACGCACUUCUCUGGCUGUCUUGAAUGACAGUCAGGUUGCUGACUCGUUCUUGGUCAACAAGGUUGCUGGUGUGGGUAGCAACAGGGCGGGUUCGAAGCGCGCUUGUUCCGGUAAGGAGAACGUUAGGAGCUUAUGGGGUAUUUAA